UGGAUAGCAAUACGCAGCAACUGCGAUUCAUUACUUCAAACACAAAACCCAGAAAAUUUCGCGCAAUUCUUAUAGCGCGUUCCUUCAAACCUCGCAAUCAUGGCACCUAAGAAAUCACAGCAGCAGAAGUUGUCGCUCGGCGACUUCUUGAACGACCAGUCGCUCGGAUCAUGGGCCGACGAGAUGGAGACUGCCCCUCUUCCUGGCACCACUCCCUACCAAUCUUCCCGCACCAACACUUCUUCCGGUGGUGGCUGGGGUGCUUCUUCCCGCUCCGCUGCUCCCGCUGGCGAUGAUGCCGCUGCUGGUGGUUUCCGCGACCGCACCGCUGGUUACGCUGUCCGUGAGCAGCUUCCCAUGCCCGACAAGCCCCCAUACACCGCUCACCUUGGUAACCUUUCUUUCGAGGUCACCGAGGCUGAUGUCCGCGACUUCCUCGACGGAUGUGAGGUCACCAGCGUCCGCAUUGUUGAGGACAAGAUGGACCGCAGACCCAAGGGUUUCGGUUACGUCGAGUUCGGCACUGUUGACGGCUUGAAGAAGGCUCUCACCCUUAGCGAGACUCAGUUCCAGGGCAGAAACAUCCGCAUCAGCGUUGCUGACCCUCCCAAGGACCGUGAACCCCAGCGCGAACUCAACGACUGGACCCGCAAGGGCCCUCUUCCCGACCUCCCUGGACAGCGUGACGGUGGUAUGCGCCGCGGAAUGGGUGACAGAGCUGGUAGUUUCAGACAAGGUCCCCCCGAGGGCGUCGAUGCCAGGCCCCGCGACUUUGGCAACUGGGAGAGAAAGGGUCCUCUUGCCUCCGAGCCCAGACCCCAGCAGGGCGAGCGCAGAGAAUCAAACUUCAACAGAGAGCCCAGAGAGCCCAGAGCCGCUCCCCAAUGGGGUGAGGGCGCUGCCGACCGUGCUUCCGGCUCGGGCGAGAGACCCCCUAGACCUGAGAGACCCGAGAGACAGCCCACCGCCGCAGACAUGGAUGACAAGUGGAGAUCAAAGAUGAAGCCUGACUCGCCCGCCGAGACCCCCGAUGCCAGCACUCCCACCUCGCCCAUUGCACCUGCACAGAGACCCAGACUCAACCUUGCAAAGCGUACCGUUUCAGAGAAGCCUUCCGAGGACAGCGCCGCCGCAUCAUCCAAGGCUUCGCCAUUCGGUGCUGCCCGUCCCAUCGACACUUCCGCAAGAGAGCAGGAGAUUGAGGAGAAGCGCAAGCUCGCGAUUCGUGAGAAGAAGGAGGCAGACGACAAGGCUCGCGAUGAGAAGCGCGCCAAGGAGGCCGCUACCAAGGCUGAGCAGGCUGAGAAGAAGGAGGGCGAGGAUAAGCAGUACGAGAUCCUGCGCCGCGAAGAGGGUGAGGAGAACGACAAGGAGGCUGUUGAUGCCGAUGCCGAGGGCACCAUCGUUGACGACAAGGAAGUCAAGCCUCAACAAAUCACACGCGAGGUGCCGGCCAAGGGCGGCGACUCUUGGAGAAAGACCGAGGAGCCCCAGACAACAGCCGAAACCAUGGAGGACGACGGCUGGUCCACCGUCUCGGCCAAGACUAAGAACUUCAACCGUAGAGGAGGCAACCGCGCCAUGGCCUCGUAAGAAGCCUGACAAACGAAAGUAACGAAGACCUGUCCAACACAUCCCCAAAAAGAUCGAUCCUGGCACUAUCCACCAACAAUCACCAACAAUCGCACUCGGAGUUUUGAGAAGGGAAGGGAAAAAAAUGCUUGUUUUGUAAUGUCUCUGCCGGGGUCUUCUUUCUCGUUCUUUCUUUUUUGACAUACACACCUUUACCACGCAAGAUGGCACGAAAUCUUUCAACCAACGCUCUUCUCAAAGUACCCCAACUCUCACCACCCUCUCCUGCAGUCUUCCUUCUAGUCGUUAAAAUCGCAAAAGUCAUUUGGUUCAUCA